CGUCCUGGCGCUACAAUUUGCUGCGCCCCUUACAUGCAGCCUCGCAUCGCAGCAUCUGCCAUACCUCUAUCGAUCGCAGCCCAAGAAUUCCCCGCCCCUCCCUGUGAGCAGUAAGCUAGCUGCAGCUAUGGCGUCCGCCGUGUGCGCCUCCUCCAGCGUUGCCGCCGUCGCGGCCCCCUCCACCAGUAAGGUGGUGAGCAAUGUGGGAUCCGCCAGGACUUCGUUCUUGGCCGGAAGAGCUCUUCGCACGACUCAGGUGUGCGGCGCGGCCAAGGGUGACAUGACCGUGUCCGCGACCCUGACCGGGAACAAGACCGACAGGCCGCUGUGGCUUCCAGGUAGCGAAGCCCCGAAGUGGCUGGACGGGAGCCUUCCAGGAGACUACGGCUUCGAUCCCCUGGACCUCGCGGCCGAGCCCGGGCGUCUGAACUGGAUGGUGCAGGCUGAGCUGGUGCACUGCCGCUGGGCCAUGCUCGGCGCCGCCGGCAUCUUCAUCCCAGAGCUGCUGACGAAGAUCGGGAUCUUGAACACCCCAUCGUGGUACAAGGCCGGCGACGCGACGUACUUCGCUGACCAGGGCACCCUCUUCAUUGUUGAGCUUCUGCUCAUGGCGUGGGCCGAGAGCAGGAGGUGGGCCGACAUUGCGAGGCCGGGGAGCGUGAACACCGACCCCAUCUUCCCCAACAACAAGCUGACGGGCACGGACGUCGGGUACCCGGGAGGCUUGUGGUUCGACCCCUUGGGAUGGGGCUCGGGAUCCGAGGACAAGUUGAAGGAGAUCAGGACCAAGGAGGUGAAGAAUGGGCGCCUGGCCAUGCUCGCGGUGUUGGGCGCGUUCGUGCAGGCUAACGUGACGCACGUCGGCCCCAUCGACAACCUGUUUGCGCACUUGGCGGACCCCUACCACACCACCAUCUUGCAAUCCUUGUUCGGAAAGUAAAGCGGGAGCAUCUGUUGACAACAUCAAGGGAAGGGCGCAGCGUCGAGCGUAGCCUGGUCUUGAAUCUAGAUAGCAGCAGUCGAAUGGAAGUUGAUAUUCUGGAAUCAGUAAAAUGUGCAUACUUUUGUUUUUUUUUUGUACGAUAUUCACAGUCGCAGAUUAGUCUCGUUCGAGCUGCAUGUACGACGUGACUGGUUUCAGAUGCACCUGUACACUAUACGCUGGUUAUUUACGAAUGAAGUUUUGGAACUCUGAGUUUUCCGCGCA